GCGAGCCGAGCCAGAACCGCUUCAGCGAAUGCCUGAGCCGAGCUUGGCGGGGCAACGGCUGGAGAGUUUCUCCCUUCCGCGUGGUCCAGAGAGAGGCGCGGCAGGACGCGUCCCUCGCAGCAGCAAGCCGAGGGCGGGAGCCCGGAGCGUUUCAGCUGAGCUCCCGAGACGGCAGCAGGACGGGAGGAACACUAGGUAUCUGCUCUGUCUCUGAUCUACAAUGAGUGCCAAAUCGGCUAUCUACAAGGAAAUUUUUGCUCCGCAUGACGAAAGGAUGCUGGGAGCAGUCCAAGUAAAAAGGAGAACGAAGAAAAAGAUUCCUUUCCUAGCAACUGGAGGUCAGGGUGAAUACUUAACCUACAUCUGCUUGUCAGAUGAACAACAAAAGACUAAGAACUGUCUAGCACGAGUGUCCAAUGCAAUACCUCUUGGACCUGAUGGAGGCGUCCCUUGCCCUCAAGUGACAAACAAGAAACCUGCACAAGCAUCUAUUACAAAAGUCAAACAGUUUGAAGGUUCUACAUCGUUUGUGCGAAGGUCACAGUGGAUGCUUGAACAGCUUCGCCAGGUUAAUGGUAUAGACCCUCAUCGAGAAUCCCCAGAAUUUGAUUUAUUAUUUGAAAAUGCUUUUGACCAAUGGGUAGCAAGUACAGCCUCUGAAAAAUGUACGUUCUUUCAAAUUCUUCACCACACCUGUCAGCGGUACCUCUCAGACAAAAAACCAGAAUUUAUCAAUUGCCAGUCUAAAAUCAUUGGAGGAAACAGCAUACUACAUUCAGCAGCAGACAGUGUAACCAGUGCAGUACAGAAGGCAAGUCAAGCUUUGAAUGAGCGUGGCGAAAGGUUAGGUCGAGCAGAAGAAAAAACAGAGGAUAUGAAGAACAGCGCUCAGCAGUUUGCAGAAACUGCACACAAGCUUGCUAUGAAGCACAAGUGUUGAAGAUGCCUAAUACAGAUAUCGUCCCAAGAGGAACUAAAAAGUUAGGUUCGUCACUUUUUACUGGAGAUACAGCCUCAUUUUUGGUUUUUCCUACAAUUCAACAAAGCCCAGCUAUUUCAGUUGCAUGUAGGAAAUAAGUUGCAUUCCUACCUUUUCUAUUGCUAAGCAAUUCUGCAAUAUUAUCAAACUUUUAUUUUAUUUAAAAUAAGAGGUAUUGUGACAUGGCAAUUGGACCAAAGGACAUAGAGAACUGCAUUUAUCUGCAGCAUCCCACUGUUCUCAGUAUUAAGCAGGAAGGAAUAACGUUAGUAGAAGAGAAAUUAACAAAUAAAAAUAAAAUCCAAGAACUUGUUAUAUAAUUGUCUCAGUGCAAAUUUUGGAGUUAUGCAGCUCAUGCCUUCAAAUGUUGAGCGAAGCAAAAUGGUUUGCUAAGAAAGAGAGUCCGACUUCUCAUUUCUUCCAUUUUUAGUAAGCAUAUUUUGCAUGUGCCAUCCAAAGUGCAAAUCUGAAUUUGAGAUGUGUCACCCUGCUGUCAACACAACACUUCAGAAACUAUUUCUUCUUUUUUUACUGGCUGGAUUUAUUUUUUGGACUACACAAUAUCACUAGGAGUGCACACGAGAUGUUAAGACCUAAGAAAAGACUGGUGGUUAAACCUCUUAAAUGCCUUUUCCUUAAUCUUGAAUUUAGCAGUUGAAUGUAAAAUAAAAUUAAAAUAAAAGUUGCUUGGCUGCCAUAAAACAACCAUUUUAUUUAAAAAGAGCAGUAUUUUUAAAACCUAAACUUGUAAAUAUUCUACAGGAAUCAUUCCAGUAUUUGAAUGCAUCCACAAACUGAACUACACUUGCUGCAGUUGUGUAGACUGUUGUGCAUUCUUUGGUCUAACUCAGAUGAGGGUGGGAGUGACAGUGAGAGACCUGUGAAUUAAUUCCCUGCUGUUCACACUGCAAAUUCCACCCAGUUUCCAGUCAGAACCACAUCGGCAUGAGGAAAAAUUUAAGCCUUUCUCCCAGGACCAUUUUCAUAAUCUCACCUCAGGGUCUGCUGUAUUCCUAGGUGAGGGGUGCAGGAAAGGGAUUAAAUUGCAUGACCCAAAAUCACAGCAGAGGAUCUGUUUAUUUGAUCACACCCAGUUUAACUCUCAGUGAUACAGUUAUGUUCCACUGUCUAUGACUAUUGAUCAUAGUCCAUACGUUUUGGUAAUACGUUUUAAAAACCGAUGAAAAGAGUAAUUUAAACAACGAGCCCUUUUAUUUCAUAGUUGUUAUGAAGUUGUGCUCUCUGAUCUAAUGUGGUUGAUAUGUGAACUGAUGUUCCCUGAGGAGAACUGCCCAAAAAGGAACAGUGCAAAGAAUUACUGCGUUGGAUCUGUGUAUCUAGUAUUCAAAGUCGUAUGCUGUCAUCAAUGAUCUAUCAUCCCCAACACUAGAUCAGGAAACUGUUCUACACAUGGUCAAUUGCGGCAGCCCUGACGAUACUAAUCACCUGUGGGAUAUUUUUUAGAGGGAAGUCCUAGAUCCAGGCCAUCAUUCUCUCCUAACUUAGUUUCAGGAGAAGACACUGAAUGUAGAUUCAACUACAGUCUCCUUUGAAAGCUGAUAAUGCUCAACAUACGUUGAAUAGCUUGUAUGGAAAGAUACAGAAACAAGGAGUGUUAGGGCAAAUCAUUACUGAACCUGUGAAAACCUGGGCCGGGAUCACGACAUAUGUGGACAUAUGCAAUCAAUCUCCACUAAAUUUUCAAAAUUUCUAAUGCAAUUGAUGAGCUUCUGCAUGGGGAAAUAAGUUUAGCCAGAUACUGUAGAAGCAAAAGAGCUUGUAAUAUGGCUGAACUGUUAAAUCAACAGGAAAUUAACUGCACAUUUUUAUACUUUGUCAGAGAAACUGUUUAGAACCAUCACGGUUCAGUCCCAGGCAAUAUAAAAUAAGAAGUAAGUCAGCCAAAUGUUUUUCAACCUAUAAUAAGCUGAUGAAUAAAAUAGUUUGUAACCAAUGCCUGUUUUCUGCCAACAGAAGGGCACUUGGGUGUGUGGGAGAGUUUUAUUCACUCAUUGUACAUUGGGUACAACCCAGUGCCUUCACAACUAGUUAAAACUUUCAUUUUGAACCAUUGACUUCCUUUGCUUCAGACACUUUUCAAGAACCAAAUAGAAUAAUAUAGCCCUUUCCAUUAAAACGGGAACAUUUUCUUUUUUAAAAGUAUUGCUUACUUUUUACAAAGCAGAUUUUUAAUUACCUUUGUUAGUUAGUAUGUGGGCUAGGAUAGAAACAGUGGGUUGGGUAUCCUACAACUCUGUUUGCUUAAAUGUAGAACUUUCUUGCCCUCAUAAGGAGCCUUUCUCCAAUGGAAGAAGCUCUUUCUCUAGCAGAAGGUUCCUUGCGUUGGAGGACAGCUCUGGCCUUGGCUGGCGGGAGUUGUAGGAUGUAACCUAUUAAGUAAAGGUGGUAAGAAUAUAGUCACAAAAUGUUCCAGUGAUGCCAGCAUGGGAGUUGUUUCUGUGUUAUAAUGCAUUCUCAUGAGUCUGAGGACUUCUGUGCCAAUAAUUCAACCAUGUAGGUGGGAUAGAUCCCAUCAGUUUUAUUCCAUUAGCAUCCCUCACUUGAAGAGAACGUAGAAAACAUCACAUGAUCUGGCCAGCCCAUGUAGUCCCAUCACCAUGUAGUCACAUGGAAUGUUACAGGACAGUUGCUCCUACCCAGCUGUGUGUGAAAAGCACCUCAUUCGUUCAAAUAUGAAUGAAAAUACAUAUUACAGAAUAUAUGGGAAUGCUAGAUAAAUUGGCUGACUCUGAUUACAGGAAGACUGCUAAAUUCAAAAAAAAAAAUUCAUUGCCUGGUCUAUUUGUCGUACUGUUAUUUUACAGAUUUUUCUUAUGUUGUCUUCACAUUUCAGCUCAGUGAUUCAUUUAACCUGUCAGUAUGGACCUUGUUUUCAGACCACGUUGCCGAACAACAUCAUAGUUUAUCCAUUUGGUGCAUCUCCCCCCCCCUCCUAAAAAUUUUUUUUAAUCAGUAGCUCAUAUCCUCUAUUCAGUCAUCCAGUCACUGGGUGUUUUCUUAGGAUAAUUAGAAGGAAGUGUGCCAACAUCCUGUAUUAAAAUUAAAGUUUAUAUUGUUAAAAAUUUCCUCCUGGAACAUAGUUUUAGCAUACAAUUCUAGUGUUAAAUAUUUGUGUACAUUUAAGUAUACAGUAAUUCAGGUUAAUGUUUCAUAUUUAAGAACGUGUUUGUAAAAUGUAACAAGAUCAAUAGUUUCCUUAUUACCUUUUUAAGGUUUUGCAGAGACUAAAAACAAUGUGUUGCUAGACUUAAGACUGUCCUACUACAAGAGCCUAAUUAUGUGGCUAGCAAAAAGUUGUGAAUUAAUGUGAAAAUAUUAACAGAUCUUACUCUAAACAAGUGAUCUUAAGAUCGUUUUGCUUUAAUAUGCCAAAACUGUAAUACUUGCGAAUACGUUGUUUACUUUUCAACUGUCUAAAGGGUGUAGAAAAGUUUUUUUGCCAUUCUGAAAUAAAGAGGGGGGACUGUCUGUCAAUUCAUCUUUACACAUUUUGUUUUCACUUAUUAAAUGUUUUAACGAUGAUGAACUUUUUUUGUACUUUAUUUGAUAGGAGGUGCGAUUGGGGUAUAAAUGCAAAUUACAGGUCAUGAGGGGGGCAGACAUGGUCGAUUCCCUGCUCUUUCUCUGAAUCCUUCUAAAAAAUUCAACCUUUAAUAAACUAAUUUGGGAAGCAGAGAGUUCAGUGCCCCAGUGAACACCUGUUCACACAACUGUUCCCAUGUGGUGGUGGCCUUUGGAGCAGCUGUGUUGACUUCCAGCUGCUUUGAGCUAAGCCAUUCAUGUGCAUCUGGCACAUAGCUGAUUGGGAUUUUGCCUUGCCAUAGAAGCAACAUGUACAAGUUGUUUCCUGUGGUUACCCCAUAAACGAUUAUGUGAAUAGACUCUGACAGGCAUGUUUGAGUUAUCUUACAUGCACAUAUAAGCCCCCACAGGAUCUCUCAGGAUGAUUUCACAAAUAACUCCUACAUGCAUAACCUAUAUUUAGUGAAGUCUAGAAGUUACCCCUGGAUAUGUCAUGUCCAGGCAUAAAUACACAUUUUGUAUAAAGGAUGAUCUGAUGCAUCUUCCUAUCCAUGUUCCCUGACCUUGCAAUGUGACCCUCAAUAAGGGGAAAGGAUGGCCCAUCGUACAUUGUAUUUAUAUGGAUGACUGUUCCUCAGUGUAUGUCGCUCAUGCAUACAGGGGCAGCAUGUGAACUUAAAUGCAUACACAAGGGCAUGCACACCUUCUCUCCUCCUGCUAUUUCUUUUUUUCCAAAAAAAACCUCCAUAAUGUAGGACCUCAUUGCUGGCCUAAUAAAUUAUUAACAUACUAGCGAUCCAUAAGGGAGCCGCUUUUCAGUACGAUGUUUUCCUGAUUCAUGCUUAUUGUACAUAGGCCUUAGCUAAAAGAUUUACAGAAUUCUGGGCACUAGCUUUAACGUGUGUUCCAAGCAAAUCAGAUCGCUGAUGAAAAACAAAGUGAUUAUAUUCUGAAAUAUGUGCAAGGUUAGAAGUUGAUUGGUUAUCAGUUCAGGGGAUCAGAAUGUCCUUUUGCAUUCCAUCAUUCUGAAUUAUUUUGGUUUCUUGUUGCAUCUGUACUGUAAAUAUUCACAUUGCUAAGUUACCUUUAGUAAUAUGCUGUUACAACGUGCUGUCAAAUAAAUCUAUCCUCUUGAAGAAAGAUGACACUGGAGCUGCAACUGGCCACAGUGCUCCACUGCAUUGCUGAAUGUUGAGACUGCAAGUAGCAGUUUCUCCCUUUCAAAAUGACUACCUAGGUCCAGUAAUUCCUGGGUUCUUGGGCUGCGAUGCUAGCCAUGUACAAAGUAUAAUCUGGUAAAACUAGAAUUUAUUGUAUGUAAUAUUUUCUCUUGUUGUAUGUGGUGGUUCCUAUAAAACUAUACAAUUGCAGUUUUCAUAAUAAAGAUUUUAAUAAUUAUA